GAGCACCUGGUCACACUAUCUGCGCCGCUGCCGCGAAUCUCGGUCCACGUGAACAAAUUUUGGGCAAUGUGCUAUUCCGAGCUCAUGAGAUAAAGUUAUUGCGAGGUGCUUUGGAGUGCAGUUACGUUGGCUCACCUUGAACGGCGGGUGAUCGUGAACCUCGGGCGGAACAGAAAGACACAGUUGGACUGCCGGCCUAAAAAGUCCUUUUGUGGCCCAGACUUGUGCAUGUGUUAGUGCCGCAGACGCGGCGCUCAACAUGUGAGGUUAAAGCAGGCGGACAAACAGACGACGGCAACAAUAGGAACAAGCGUUCGGCUGGAAAAGCCCUUUACGAGAAUAAGAUCCGGAACCACGAAGGAAGUUAAAAAGUUAAUUUACAAUUGACGCAAAAUGGAUUCACGAAUGCUAAAUGUAUUCCAGGAAGAUCCCUUUGAGGGAAACUAUACCAAAUACGAGUCUGAACCGAAUUUCUGGUCAUCUAAUGAUGAACUGCAACUGACAGAUACACUUAGCGGCAUCCUACCCAUCGCGCCCACAGACGAGUCACUGCUCAACCAUAACCGGGAGGAGGAUCAGCAAAACAGGAAGAAUCUGCUGAUCUACAAUGACUUCGUGGAACAGGAGCUCAGCGACCAUGAUGCAAAUGUGCUCAAUGCCCAGGUCUAUCGGGCCAUCGCCGAAAGCGAGGUCGAGGUGUCCUAUGAGAAGCAGGGCCAGAUCAGCGCUAUUAUGGAGUUUGACAAAGAAGAUAUUGAAAUCGACGGGCUUACAGAGGAGGAGGACAACCAAAGCCAGUCCACAUUUCGAACUCGCACAGACAGCUCUUCGAUUGGUGAUUAUGAAUCGCACUCCAGCGAUUACGAAGAUGAAUAUGACAUUGUUAACGAAGAAAAAAAACCAAGGUUGCUUGCUGUCCAUAACAACAUUGUCAACUUGCAGAGCUCUUGUGAAAACAAGGGACGUACGCUCAGUACUAACACUAUCAUAUCCGAAGUAGACGCUUUGGGGCUAAAUAUUGAUGUUAAUAACUUUGACCUGGCUGACUUCAUUACCAAAGACGAUUUUGCUGAGAAUUUAAACGCCUGUCGCAUAAAAGAAUCUCUGCAAGCACAGGGAUAUACUAAAUCUAAGACUUCAGCAGAAGUUCCCCUAGUUUUUACCUCACCCGUUGCCACAAUAAUGGCAAAACGCAUGACCAUUUCUUCUAAUCCUCGCGAUUCCGAUUAUGACUCUGACUCGAUUAUUGACGUUGAAACUGUAGAUGUAAUCGAUACGAAUAAAGCUAUCUGGGAAAAAGAUAAGCCAGCAAAAGUGCCUCAAACUUCCGAUGAUUUAUGCUUUGUAGACAAUGUAAUAGACGAUCCCUCAUGGAGUCCGAGGUCCACAAAAAAGGUCACAUCUAGUAUCAAAGAGGAUAAAACCGAACAACUGGAAACAUAUCAACCUGCGGUCCCAGCGUUAAGCAAACCGAAGCAUACAAAUAUUUGCCUGGUGCCUAAUAAAAAGCAGUGCGAUUUUCUUAAACGUAAGGUUGGAACUUCCUCCUCGUUCAAGCCAGCUAAGGCGACAACAAAAAAAGUGAACGAGGCUAUGAGCAACAAGCAGCCGCCAGUUAAAAAUACUCAAUGUACGGGUAUCGGUUUGGGUGGAAAAAACCUUUCGCUUCUAAAGCAGGAGAGGGACGCCGCAGUAUCGAAAUGCGCGGAAAAACCUCUAACACACUCAACCCCUCCGACCACAAUCCUACCACCAGCAAAGCGAAAGCUAAAUCUAGAAGAGUACAAACAGCGUCGUUGUGGCGGUGUUGGCGCUGUAAAUCCUAAACCGACUCCGCCCAAGCAGGCGAAAGUAGAAGUUGCUAGCAAACGCAUUGCUCCUUCCCCUUUAAAACCAACACCAUCGCCUAAAAAAACGGAAAUAGUCAACAUUGUAAACAGCCUUAAAUGCCCCACCGCAAAGCAAUCUUCUUUGCCCAUGGAUCCCAUUACCGUGGCCAAGAACAAGGUGCUGCGUAUGUUAGAGAUGAAACGUGCCCAACAGCUAAAAAUAAUUGAUUCCCGAGUAUCAACCAAGGUGCCACGCGUAACCAAGCUGCCGCCACUUAAGGAUAUUGUAAAGGACACCUAUUGCAUGGAAACUGUGGAUACCGGCACAGAGAUAGCGCCACUCAGCAACAAACUUCACCCGGAAUAUGAGGAGAUUAUAAUAGUUUCAGUUAGUUGUAAUACAGACAUAACGAUACCGCCCAAUCAAUUAAGCAAGGCCUCCCCUCGCUCUCUCUUAAAGUCAUCAGUUUUGCUAUACAACAUCUCAAACGGUCAAGAUGCCAAUAAGGACCUAAGCAACUCCCUAAUAGCCAGCAUUCAAAGCGAGGUUGUCAGGCAAACAAGUAACACUACUCUCUCAACGAUACAGUCCAACGCAACUCAAGAUAUGUCUUCAGCUGAUAAAAAUGUUCAGCAUGGCGAGGACAUGGUCAUCAUGCACUUACCCAAGGAUCGGUUGCGCAAAACUCUUGUGAGCAUUGCAAUACAAACUGAUCUGCAACCUGAAUUUCCCCUAUUGACACUGCCCCAAAAGCGACAGUCUCGAGAGCGUACGCGACGGAAAUACCGCAAGCAACGGACGCAUGGCUCGGGUUCAAAUAUGUCGUCUUCUUCGAGUGACUCUUCCUCCGACUGCAGCAGCUUGAUGUCAUACAGAUCUCGGUCACGAUGCGAUUCGAUUGAACAGAUGCGUCACUUAGAUGUAGCAGCAACGUGUGGGGGAAGCAGUAUUGGAAUCGGCGGUUAUUCUUCUCGUAGCACUCAACGUCAUCGCAGCUCGGUAAGCUCUUCAUCUUACUCAGAGAAUGGCAAGUACAAGCGUAAACAGCGCCGCACCAGUUACAACAAGCGUAGAUCCAAAAACCAAAAGCGGGGCAGUAUUUGUUCGUCAUGCUCGGGCUCCGAGAAAAGCGAUCGCGAACGCAGCCGCAGCCGUAGCCCGCACAGAAAAUUGCACCACUCGCGGUGCCGUUCACGCUCAAAGUCUAAUACACGCUGCCCUAAAAACAACUCCCCCUAUAACAACAAUAAGCGUGGAUUUGUAGAUCGUAACGUGUCGCAACCGGCUGUUGAGGAGCGGCGAAUCGUCUACGUCGGGCGCAUUGAGCAAGAAACCACAAAGGAAUUGCUGCGUCGAAAAUUUCUACCCUAUGGAAGCAUUAAACAAAUAACAAUACACUACAAGGAAAAUGGAAUGAAGUACGGGUUCGUUACGUACGAUAGAGCGCAGGACGCAUUCACGGCCAUUGACACGAGUCAUAGGGACUCGCAAAUAAACAUGUACGACAUUAGUUUUGGAGGGAGACGUGCUUUCUGUCGUGCAUCUUACGCUGACUUGGAUAAUGCCGGCAUUAAUAAUUACAACUCAUAUGUGUUUCUCAAGGAAACACCAGCACCGAAAGUAGCCGAAGACUCUUUCGAAGCUUUGUUACUUAAGGUAAAAGCAAAGUUAAACGCUGGCAAGUCACCAGUAGCUAAAUCUACGCUUGAUGCACCAUCAGAUAUAGAUUCUGUACCACAGGGGCACAGCCAGAUAUGACAUCUUGGCAGAAACCUGCUUAAUAUCGUAUUUUUAACUUUUUUUUGUUAAAUUGAAGUAUGUUACAAGCAUUCAACCACUAUCAUUGCACAAUUGUAGACCAAUUUUAAAUUUUUCUACCUAAAAACCUGAAACGCCUGAUUACAAUUCAUAAUUUAUUUUAAAACAGUUGACAGAGCGAUUGUAAGCAAUUUAUUGUAAGCAAUAAAACUAAUGCAAUGUACAUUAGGAUAAUUGUAAUUACCGUGAAGUAAACCUCACAGCAAGAAUUGAAAAGAAAAUUGAAUUGUGAUAACCGCGUAAUGCAUACAAAGUCAUUUAAAGCAUGUAAGUUAGCAGAAGAUCAAUAGAAAUAAAUCCACUCAUAAAAGCUUUGUAAUAAUCUAUUUAACAAUUAAACAAAUGAAACUUAAAACAACCAGCCACCACAACAAUAAUAACAACUCAAAUUCAUUAAGCCUAAAAAAUGUGUAUAAGAACUAUGUAUUUUGAGAGAAAGAGAAAGAAACGCGCAUGCAGCUUGCGUUGGCCACGAAUUGAACUGUUGAUAACUAAACUUUGAUAUUAGUUUGUAAAAAGCCUAUUUUGUACGUACUUUUAAUUUACUCCCUAAUUUUUGAAUAGCAAUACAUCAAAUACAGAAGCUCCACUAAAGCUAUUAUAAAUACUUUAAAA